AUGUACGACCUCAUCGACUCAAACCAACUCGCAGCGAAGCAGGACGGAAGAUUGCAAGUCUUUUUCGGGGUGUCAAGCCUUCAGCAACUACGAGUACCAAGAAAUCAACUGCGUCCAGCGGAUCGAACUCUGACCUUGUUUUCUUCAUUCAUUGACGAUCCAUCGAGCUUGAAAAUAAUGGAUAUACAUCAACAGCAAACAGCUGCACAAGCCUCAUUAGGUGCUGAUAAUCUUCCAACGGGGAACCUCAGUUUGGUCAACGAGCAAGAAGUGGUUCGGAGAGCGGGGAGACAAGCCAUCAGUGCGUUCUUGGACAGUCACAACUGUUUCAGUGUCAUUAGACCGAGUGGGAAGGUUGUCGUCUUUGAUACUCGGAUUCCAAUUCAAUUGGCUUUCUAUGCUUUAGUAGAACAUGAUAUGCAAACGGCACCGCUCUGGGAUCCUUCCAUUUGUCAGUUUGUGGGGGUUCUAAAAGUGACAGACUUCAUUGAUAUACUGAGGCACUUUCGAUCGACCAAUUCCGAUGAGGCAUCUUUGGCCACCCGCUCCAUUGCUGAUAUUUUCUCGGACGAAGCCGUAUCCAAAGCGGUGGGAAUUCGAUUUGGCUUUUGGUCCGUGGAUUCUUCCACUACAUUGAAGCAAGCUUGCAAGAUGCUCCUACAAAAUAAAUUGGAAUUUUUGCCAAUUGUCAUGCCGGAAGAUAUGCGAGUUUUGGCUUGCAUCACCUAUACCAACAUAUUGGAGCACUUGGUGACCCACUUUCGGGAACAACGAAGACUCUUUGAUGAUGCCAUUUUUGAUUUGAAGAUUGGAAGGUACCAAGAUGAACUCAUUAAGGUUUUCGCCCACCAAUCUUUGGCGGAAGCGUUGGCACUUAUGCACACCCACGAUCUUUCCGCCCUUCCAGUAAUGGAUACCAACAACCCUGAUAAAUUGCUGGGAGUUUACAGCCGGAGUGACAUUACUUUUUUGACCAAGGCUACCGAUGCUAAGGAUGCUGUUGCCAAUUUGGAUUUGAAACUUCAAGAUGUCUUGGAUCAGCAACGGACGGAUGUGACCACACCAGACGCCAUGCACACAUGUAGUACAACUCAUACGUUGCAAUCCAUUUUUGAAUAUUUUGCGCAGCUGCGUUUCAACCGACUCUUUGUCUUGGAUGAACAAGAGCGAUUGGUGGGGGUGGUUUCAGCCAAAGACUUGGUAGCUUACUUUGUGAAUGAAUCAUAA